CAAUGUCUUAGGCUCUGUACAGUGUAAGCGCUCAACCUAGUUUCUUUAGCUGACUCCUGCAUCAUGGUUCCAACUGUUCAGGGUGAACACGGCUCAGGGGGGAGGACGACAAGGAGUUCCUUUGCUGUGAGCAACGGAAGCUGCUGGUUGAGCUGAGCCGUGGUCAUCAUGUCGUUGAGGGACCUUGUGAUGGGGGGCGCCGGGUGCUCAGCUCCCGGCGUCGGCCCUUCCACAGCAAACCCGAUGGCGGGGUUGGCGGACUCGCUGAUUGGAGGGGCAGCCAAGCAGCAGGAGCGCCUGCGCGAGCUGCCUGGUCUCGCUGGCCCCGAAGUUGGCCCCUCCUCUCAAGACUUCGGCCGCUCCCGUCUGCAACCCCCCCUCCCCGGCUUUGAGCUAGACCACGGGAUUGUAGGGCCGUCCGGGCCCCGCGGUCAGGAGUUUCUGCAAGGGUUUAACUCGCACAACCAAGGGUUUAGCGAUGCUUGGGACGAGGCGCUUCGGCCGGGGUUCCCGCACGGGCCUCCGAUGGGGCCGGAGGCCGCGCACUUCGAGGACUUUGAGCGGAUCUAUUCGCAGCAGGGGCCGAUGCUGGCGGGACCGAUGCCGGAAGGCGCUCCUCAACAAGUCCUCGCCGGCUUCCUCCACUCGUUUCUGGACAGCUCUCGCACAGCCGCUCCGUUCCCCGCUGUCAAGCUGCCAGAGCUCGGGCUUUCACAAAUGGACAAGGAGAGGAUUCGCAACCGGAGUAGCAUUAUGGCGCGGCACAUUUUUGCGGACAAGGGCCCAAUGUUUGUGGAGAACCAGGUCAAUGCGCUGCUUCAGUCCCUCGAGAUUGACCGCAACCCGGAGCUCGAGCACCGAAUGCACGGCCCGAUGGGGGGCGCGUUCCGCGAGUUUGAGGACUACUGGGCGGAAGGGGCGCCCCCGGUGAAUGGCCCCGGUCACCCCGACCAGUGGGCGGCGGAGUUUCAGAACAAGCUGAGGCUGCAGAACGGGAAUCACUGGGGGGAGGAGUAUGCCCGGGAGAACAGCAGCGGGGGCACGUGGGGUGACGAGUUUGCACAGGAGCAAGGUGACCAAUGGGCAGAGGAGAUGGCGGCACAGGAGCGCCAACGGCUGGGGUUGUUGCCAGGUCAGCAGGCCGCCACGUUGGACCAGACGCGCCAGCUGGCGGAGACGCUAAGCCAGAAUAAGGACCCCAAGUUCCAGAACUCCAAAUUCCUCCAGUUCGUGUCCAAGAUGAGUCGCGGCGAGCUGAUCAUGGAGGACAACGCGGUGCGCGAAGCGGCGGCAGGCGACGGGUGGGCCAACGAGUUCCAGGUACAGCAGACGAGGGGCGCCUUUGGAGGGCCACAGCAGGCGAAUGACUGGGCGUCCGAAUUUCACCGCGAGCAACAGCAGGAUCCACAGGGCUGGGCCGACGAGUAUGCACAGGAGCAGGCACAGGGCCCCAAAGACUGGGCCGACGAGUUUGGGGACCAGGUCGCAAAGGGCGCGCUCGACAUCGAUGAGAGUGGAUGGGUGGAUAGCUACAACCAGUUCCUGGACGAGAGCCGGGGGGGAGAGGCGUCUACCUCGAACAUGGACUACAAGUUCGCGGAGCAGAAUCCGUACAUGGGCCACCCCGCCCCGCUGCGUGAGGGUCAGGACCUUUUCCGGCGCGGGCUGCUCAGCGAAGCGGUGCUGGCGCUUGAAGCGGAGGUGCUGAAAAACCCCAACAGCUGCGAAGGGUGGCGACUGCUGGGGAAUUGCCACGCGGAGAAUGAUGACGACCGCCAGGCGAUCGCAGCCAUGCUCAAGGCUCGGGAGGCCGACCCGACCAACCUGGAGGUCCUCUUGAGCUUGGGCGUAAGUCACACCAACGAACUGGAGCAACAGGAGGCUCUGGGCUACCUCCGCUCCUGGCUACAAAACCACCCGCGCUAUGGGAAGCUCGUGCCACAGGACGGGUCCGCCGAAGGGCUCGGACACGAAGAGGUGGUCAAUAUGUUCCGCGCGGCCGUUCGGGAGGCGCCGGAAGACGCGGACCUGCACACGGUGCUCGGCGUGCUGUUCAACCUGAGCCGCGAAUACGACCUCGCCAUCGAGGCCUUCCGCCAGGCGCUGCAGCUCAAGCCCAAGGACUACUCGCUGUGGAACAAGCUAGGUGCGACCCAGGCCAACAGCGCGCGAAGCGCCGACGCCGUUCAAGCGUACCAGGAAGCGCUGGACCUUAAGCCCAACUACGUCCGGGCGUGGUCCAACAUGGGCAUCGGUUACGCUAACCAGGGGCGUUACGAGGAGUCUAUCCGGUACUACGUUCAAGCGCUUCAGAUGAACCCGAUGUCUGACAACGCCUGGAACUACCUGCGAAUCUCGCUUAGCUGCGCUGGGAGAAUGGACAUGGUGGAACUCGUGGACCGCAAAGACUUGGACGUGCUAGCAAAGGAAUACCCAUUGUAAGGUCUCAUGCGGCUAUAUGUAAACUCUGGCGUUGACAAAGAGUCGCCCACCCAAACAAAUUAUGGUAUCGUGGUUGUAGGUCUAGGCAGAACACGAUCAUGCUCACAAAUAUAUAUCGCAAUCCGAUUGGUAUUCACUUUUGGGACUCCCUGAGGCACCUCGUUGUGCCAGCUUUGUGCCUAUGCGUGAUGAGUUAGGACGGCUGGAUCUGUUCUAGUGCUAUGGCGCGCCGCAC